GGCGCGCGUCUGGACUGUAGACUGUCCCACUCGGAGUUAGAGAUAAGAAUGUCCCCUUCCUGCAGCAAGUGGUUUGGCUGGAAACGGAGCUCUCGCCAUGGAGCUGCCGAACUCCCAUCCUCGCGCCCACGCGCCCGCCCUCACCUGCAACUCUACUCUCAUCAUAUUCGGACGUUCAGCCUUUCCGAGCUGCCGCGCGCGCCCGCUCCAGGCCCGCAGGAGCAAGAACUACCGGAGCGACGAGGACACCGCCGCGGAGCCCAAAAUCAUCACCCUCGGCCGGCCGGGGAAGAGCCGGCGGCGCCGCGACAGGAAGCAGCAGCAGCAGAAGAAGCUUGAUGAAGGCGAGGAAAGCGACGAGGAGGAGGAGGAUGAAGAGGACGAGCGGGACGCGGCGAUCCCGGAGGUGGUGACGAACCGGAUGAUGCGGCGGGUGGGGGUGUCGGUGGGCGCGCCGCUGGCGCUGGGCGUGGGGUUCUUCCCUGUGUUCUACUACCUCAAGACGGUGGCGAAGGUGGACGUGCCGACGUGGAUCCCCUUCGGCGUGUCCUUCAUCUUCUUCGGCGCCGCGCUGCUGGGGGUCAGCUACGGCAUCGUGUCCGCCAGCUGGGACCCCGCCAGGGACGGAUCCCUGCUCGGCUGGAACGAGGCGCGACGCAACUGGCCCGUCUUCUGGGACUCGCUCCGGGGUGGCUCUACUCCCCGCCGGGGAUAGGCUAAGACCAUCCAUGCUUGUGCUCAGUAUAUGUUCCUCCGUUUCAUGUUUUUUUUCUUGCAGUAGAUGCAGGGUGUUUUUGCUUUUAUCUUGUAAUCUAUUCUCGGUUGUGUAUGCUAUCAAAGCCAAAGGUACAUGUCAGACAAUUCAAGCGGUGAUAGGUGA